CCGAUCCAUACACUUCACUUAUUUUGUAGUUAUGUUACUGAAUGCCGUUUGAUGGACAAAUUGGAUGAACAUCAUUGUAAACACUCAUUUGGAUUCGGUCAUCUGGCAUUGUUUUGAUGAAACUGUCAAAUGUAGCCCCGCCCCCUCUCCGCACUCAGUUGUUGUGCUCCUGUCGACUGGAGCUGCUGUUGGCUUCUCAGUCUCUCACCACUGUGUUGGAAAGAUGGCAACGGACUGGCAUGGCCUGGCGUUGCAGCAAGCUGAACACAUUUCGAGUCGUAUCAGGGAAGUCUUGUCCGUUGGAAUACAGCUCCUCAAAACCGAGCUCGGGGUAGACCUAGACGUUCAGCCCGAGCUCUUCCCAACAUGGAUCAUCCUGUCGACCGCAUUCAUCGGAGUGUUUGUGGUGGUCGCGCUGGCGUGGUUAGCGGCCUGCGGUGGGUACCUCGUCGGAAGAAAGCGGGGACCUAACGUGAGUGAGCCUAGUAGCGAUACUGUAAAGGCCUCGGUGAUCAAGACUAUAAAACCCGAGGAACCGAAGAAGAAAAACAAGAAGAGACCAGCUGACAAGAAAGCUCAGCCCAAUGGUCGGACUGCAUCAGAAUCACCAGAUGAACUCAAACCAGGUGAAGACACUCCCAAGGCCCAGGCCGGGGGGAAACUAGACAAGGCAAAGAAAAACAAGAAGAAAGCCAAAGUUGAAGUGAAGCCAGCCCAGACCGCCCUGCCAUCUGUGGAGGGCAAAGAACCAGAUGAAGGUGACUGGGAGACCAUGGUGAGCAACAAGGAGAGGCGGCAGCAGCGCAAGAAGGAGAAGAGCCCCAACAGUGGCAGCCCAGGAGGCAGAGACAGAGCUGGCCACCAGGGGGAGACGGCUGCAUCUGCUACUCACACCUCCUCUGGAUCCAGGAAGAACAGAGCCUCCAGCAGCUGGACGGAGGUGUCGUCGGUGAACGGCGGGGGAUGGGCGGAUUCCUCCAUGAAGCUGGGCUCGCCAGUCAGCACCACGGACAGCGGCAACUGGACCCCCAUGAUGAAGCCGGCAGCACACAGAACCCCCGAGACGCUGGGCUGGACCCCCAAUACUGACGCGUCCUGGAACAGUAUGGAUGGGCAGGUGCAGGUGCAGGUGCAGGCUGAGCUCAACCCCGUCAACUUCGUACUGGGACUAAAUGCAGGAGGAGAGUCCAUCUCCCAGCCAUCAACAGACUUACAGUGGGACAACCUGGCACCGGUGGACGAAUGGUCUGCCUUCAAUGGCCUGGCUCCAGUGGACCCCACCUCUGACUGGAAUGCCCCAACCGAGCUGUGGGGUAACUAUGAAGAGCCGGCAGUAGACCUCUCCACACCCACAGCGCCCCCUGUCAGACAACAGUCAAUAGACUCGGAUGAGGACAAAGAGAAAGAGGAAGGAGGGAGUGCAAAAUCCAAGAAGAAGAAGAAAAAGAAGAAGAAACAGGAGGAAGCGGAGGAAGCCGACAUGGAGAGUGAAUCCCCCAAGCCCCAUAAUAAGUAUGCAGCCAUGGGGGACGCAGGCUUCUCCAAACACAGCCCCCCACUUCAGAAAAAUCCCGAGCAGAGUCCAGAGGCGCCGAAGCAGUCGGGCCACAAGAAGCGUGCGAGGAGAGAGACAUGAUGGCCUGGCGUGGCCCCUGUUGACUAGAUAUCUGCAGUAUUACCAUUGCAGAUGGCUGCCUUCCUCAUGCAAUAAUCAAUCACACACAGUGCAGAUUUUAUACAGCGGAAAAAAACCCAACAAAACCAAUAAACCACUGACUGUGCUCUUCAGCAAGUCCAGAAAUAAGCACAAGAGAUGAAAAAAGAGGUGCAGAAAGGGUCAGGGAGGAAAAAAGACGUUUUUGUUUUUUGUUGAUGCUGUGUUGGAUCCAUCUGCACGGUUGGCAAAAUACUGCUAACGAAGCUACUUGGUCCGUCUGGCCAGUUACUAACCGUGGGAGAGACGAAGGGUUGUUGAGCUACAACGUUCCUUUUUUUCGCUUUCGAUGAUAAGACUAUGAUUUUUUUUGUUCUCAUUUCUUUUGAUUUUCUUAUUAUUUGAUUAUCCUAUUAUUUGGUCUUGGAAGCACGUGAAACGAAGAAGGGUGGUUGAGCUACAAUGCUCCUAUGUUUCGCUGCCAAUAAGAGAAUGAAAUCUUUUCUUUGUUUAUAGAUUUGUUUUCAUCAUCGUUUCUUUUUUUGUUUGUUCGAAGAACAUGGAGGAUUGUGUCUUAACACAAGUAAUGUGAAUCUUUUCUGGGGCACAUGAAAUACUUUUUUUUAAUGUUUACCUUGAAUGUUUUGGUUCAUUUUAAUGUUCUCUCUCUCUCUCUCUCUCUCUCUCUCUCUCUCUCUCUCUCUCUCUCUCUCUCUCUCUCUCUCUCUCUCUCUCUCUCUCUCUGUCCGUCCUUCUCUCCCUCUCCCUCCCUCCCUUGGUAUGUUUGUACUGGUGAUUCUGCACACAGUAGUGUCAGUACUACUAAUCUGCAGUUGGGGCUUCCCCUACAUAAGGACAAGAAGCUCUGAAACAAAGAACGCCUUGUGCACUGAGCCAGCACUAGGUGGCGACAAAAGCUCUGUGUUGGCUCUGCGUGCAUACGUGACUGAAAAGGCAAGAAGUAUGAUGGAGGACAUUGCCAACAACAGCGCUCCCUUUUUGACAUGCAGCAUACUAUAGUACUACAUGCAUACGUACUCCAUAUUUUGAACAGUCUACAGAACACUUAUUCAUAUGACAAAUUUGCAUCCAUUGUACAUACAGUACGUGUUGCAUAUUUAUUGGUUGAUCAAAUAUUGGAAGUUUUGAUGAUGAAAAUGUCAUCCUUGGUUUGGAGCUGUUCUGUGAUUCGGUAGCUUUAGCUAGUAUUAUUUUUAUUUUUUUGUAUUAUUUUCCUCAUUGUUAGGAAGCCUUUUGAAUAAGCCCUGUUUAGGCUGACUGUCCAAAGGGCUUAAAUCCUUUUUUGUUAUUAUCCGUGUUUGCACUGUGCCACUUGCUGUACUGCACCCUUGGUGUCGUUUUUUUUUGUUUGUUUUAUUUAUUGCUAUUAAGUUAUUGUUGUUAUUAUGAUGAUGAUUAUUAUUUAAAUGUGAAAAUGUGAAGGUUUUGCAUCGGAUUUGAAGUGUUGGGUCGAUGUCAAGAGGCGAUAGACUGCCUCUGACCCAUGUUAGAGCAGCUCGUAAAAAUCCAUUUUGAACAUUUUUGUAUCAGAUCAAUUCUGUUGCCUUAACUUAACCGAUAGAUUGGCCAUUGCUUCAACUCUGGUUUGAUUGUUUCUGUCUUUUUGAACCUGUAGAGGUCCCACUCCCUACUUAGUACUGGUAGUUGGAUUUGGCUGCAACAUUCAGUCCUAUGGUGGGACUUAACGUCAGAGCACCGCAUACAUACUCUUGCAUGGAUUUGAUAUACCAUGAUGUAUACCAUAGUUAAAUACAGUGGUCAGCAUUGUAGAAUUAUUAUAAUUGUUAUGAUUAUUGUUUGUUUACACCAUUCACUGUAAAUAAUCUUUUUUUAUUUCAUUUUAUCAGCAACAAGGAUCCACUGAGGCGUGUGGCUUUUCUGUUCAGCCAGGAUGGUAUCCCACAAUGCAUUGGUGAUGUACUGAAUCUGGUUUAUGCCAUUAAUCAACCAGGAGGUAGACAAUUUUUUUACUUUAAUGUACCUUGCAGUGCCGAUUCAUGGCUAAAGAUUUUUCAGCAACACUACAACUCCCUUGGUGUUGCAGUAACACUACAAAACUUCUAUCCAUUGACACUGGUUAAAGUUCAAGAGAAUGAAGCUCAGGGUCGUUCUAAUUGAAUUACAAACAACCUCUGUGUUGAAAAUGAAACCAGGUUUAUCUCUACACCACCUGUGGAUGUGCACCAUGAAUUUUGCAACGUUAAGUCAACGCCAAGUGUUUAUUUCAACAGUCAUAGUGUUGAUUCAAAUCUUAAAGUGUUGAAUUGGUAUGGUAAAUUUUACUGUGCAGAAUAAAGCCACUGCUUAUUUUAGCGCCGCUAGCUGGUUUUGUAGAACAAAAUGACGUUUUGGCUUAUGACCUUAACUUCAUACUCUUUGGUAUGAUAUGAUAUCUUAAAAGUAAACAGGGUCAAAUGUGCUUUUGUUGAAUAGAACCGCUGUACAGAACCAGAGUGUGCAGGGCCUUUCAAAGUCAUGCCCAGUAAGCCAGCCUUGUUUGCUGAGCAACAUUUUACUCAUUUUGUUCUUUUUCUGCGCUUAUGUUAUGGGCCCUUGGGUCUCGAAGAUGUCAGUUUCACACCCAACUUGUCAAUAUAUGAUGCCAAAACAAAAAAUGAAGACGGUCUCAAUGUACAACCCCAGAAGUGUUUUUUUGUGCCACAUCAUGAUUCAUAAGGCCACGUUGCCUAGGCCUAAACCUUUCCCCAAACUUAACUGUCACAGAAACAAGCUUGGCAGCCUUUUGCGUCAAAUUUGACGCAAAGGGGGAGCCUUUGCCGUCUUAAUGUUGAGGCCUGGUCAAAGUGUCAUAUACUGACGAGUUGGAGCUAAAAUUGAGUAGGUUUCAGGUCCUGUGCUAGAGGUGACAUUUUUGGGAUGUGCAAAUGAAAUCCUUCCUCUGUAUUUAUUAUCUGUUUAUGCAGGCCUGUUUGACUUUAUGGGUUUCGAGAUGAUAUGUUUCGAGAUAACUUAUGUUUACUGAAGUCGAUGCAAUAUUUCUAUGUUGAUUUGGUAAAAUAAAUUUGAUCUACAGAA